CUGGGUCAUUUGACUCGGUCCUGUUAUUUUUUCGAGUUUGUCAUUAGUGGGUAGUUCAUUCUUGGUGAUGCCGUAUUACAGGUUUUCCAGAUUCCGCUCACCUAGACGAAGGGGGUUUUUUGGAGGAGGUAGGAGGCUUCGGUCCGUAGAUUGGAGUGCGUACACUCUUGCUAAAUUCGAAAAGAAGUUUUAUCAUGAAUGUUCAAGCGUUCGUGAUCGUUCACGUAGAGAUGUCGAGGAGUUUCGAUCCAAGCACAAAGUUACUGUUCUUGGACACAAUGUUCCUAGGCCCUUGUUCAAAUUCAGUGAGGCCGGCUUCCCAAGUUACAUAAUGAGCGUAAUCAAGAAAAGCAAGUGGGACUCGCCUACUCCUAUUCAAUGUCAGGGUUGGCCGGUAGCACUCAGCGGACGUGAUUUGGUUGGGAUAGCUCAGACAGGAUCAGGGAAGACAGCUAGUUUCCUCCUGCCAGCGAUCGUUCACGCCAAAGCCCAACCGAGCCUGAAACGAGGGGAUGGACCGAUUGUUUUAAUCCUUGUUCCAACUAGAGAGCUUGCGCAACAAGUAGAAAAGGUUGCCGAAGAUUUUUGUUAUUCAGCUGGGUUCAAGUCUGCAUGUCUUUAUGGUGGGGCAUCAAGAACUGGUCAGGCAGAAGCUUUGGGACAGUCUCCUGAAGUAGUUAUAGCGACUCCCGGUCGUCUCCUGGAUUUUCUGGAAUCGAGACAUACAAAUAUGCGUCGCUGUACUUAUUUAGUGCUAGACGAGGCUGAUCGUAUGUUGGAUAUGGGUUUCGAACCUUCUAUUAGAAGGGUUGUCUCACAAGUUCGUCCGGACCGACAGACUUUGAUGUGGUCGGCCACAUGGCCUAGGGAAGUAAAAGCGCUGGCAGAAGACUUCCUUUAUGAUUACAUUCAAAUAAAUGUUGGUUCAACCAAGUUGAGUGCGAAUCACAACAUUCGACAACAUGUAGAAAUUCUGAAUGAGAGUGAAAAGUUCAAGCGCCUUCUCAGCCUACUCAAUUCCUUCGACAAUGCUCGUGUGCUUGUCUUUACGGAAACCAAGAAACGUACGGAUGAACUUUGUCAAAAACUUCAAGAUAAGGGUUUCGAUGCGACAGCCAUGCAUGGGGAUAAACACCAAAAAGAACGCGAUCGUGCUCUAGACAUGUUUCGUGAAGGUCAUAUAUCUGUUCUUGUUGCCACAGAUGUCGCAUCUAGAGGCUUAGAUAUUAACGAUGUCCGGUAUAUAAUCAAUUAUGACUAUCCAUCGCAAACUGAAGAUUACAUCCACAGAAUUGGACGAACAGGUAGAAGUGACAAGAAAGGCACUGCAUAUACAUUCUUUAGCGCCAAACAACCGAGAUUGGCUCGGGAACUUAUUGAAGUGCUGAAGGAAGCCCGUCAAACAAUUCCUGACGAGUUGUUCAAAAUUGCAGAGGGAUAUUACGUUGAACGCACUCGGUCAUCCGGACAAUCAUAUCGUCGAAGUAGGUCGGGUUCGAGCCGGAGUGUGAGCUCAGGCAAGAGAAGUACAUCCAAGAGGAGUCGUUCUAGUGCCAGCCGUCACUCUCGAUCUCAUUCGAGCCGCAGUGGGACACCAUACAGGUCAAGAAGUCCUCAAACUAAAGGUUACCACUCGCGUGCCCGGUCCAAAAGUUUGUCGCGCAAUGGGAAUGGUGCAGCAAGUGACGAGUCGAAAGUGAGUUCACCCAGAGAGAGGCGGUCUUAUGGUUCACAGACUCCACCAAAACGCAAAGACCGGUCACAGUCUUCUCAAUAUUCGAAAGAUGCUUCUCGUGGGGAAUCUAACCGUAACCGUUCUAGUUCGGAUGGUAGUCCACCAAAGCGAACUAAAGAAAGAAGUCAUUCAAGUCGAAGUUCACGUUCGGGGAAACAUAAAUACUCUCAUUCAUCACAAAGAGAAGAUGUAGAAAGAGCUCAUUCUGCAUCCAGUGAUGGUCGAUCAGCAUCUCUUCACCGUUCACAGUCAUCAGUCCAUUCUCGUUCAAAAUCAAGUAGUGUGAAGCGGUCCCAACGCAAGUCCAAUAGGUCCUCUGUCAGUCACAAUUCCCAUCAAAGUCCAUCUCGUGAGCACAGUGGAAGUUUGGAACAUUCACCUGCUAGAACUGAUCCUGAUGUUGCUGACCACUCUUCACGUUCUGUUGUCGACGUGAGCCCAGCUGAUGGGUCCUUAGACCGUCGUAAUUCUUCAGUAUCCGAUAAGAAUGAGUCGAUCUCACCCUCAAACUCGAGGGACGUUUCACCACAGUCUGUAACGAAAGAUGAAAGUCCUGUUGCUAAGAGACCCCGAAACGACCAUGUCUCCUCCAAUCGGCAUUCUAAAAGUAAAAGUCGGUCGCAAUAUAGAGACUCUCCUAGAAAUGAACGUCAGAGUGGUUAUAAGCAUUCUGGUGGAUCUCGUCAUGAUCGGAGGGGACGCAAGGAAGUUCACGACACUCGCGACCGUCGUUCCCGUUCAUCUGAUGAAUACUUUGACGGUAACCGUCGAGAUCGAUCUUGGACACCGUAUGGAGAUGUGCCUUCUUUCAAUUAUAAUUAUAAAUUCAAUUACAAUGCAAGAUACAAUCGUAACAAAAAUUUCUACCGUUCACGCUCGCGUUCAUCAUCAGGAUGGCAGCGGCGAGACCGAAGCAGGAGCAGAUCAGGUCGCGAAAGAACUCCAAGGAAAAUAAGGGAUAAUCGCAGACGAUAAUUUCAAUGUGAUUUCAAUAAAUGUUUUUCAUCAGCUU